AUGCAGCAUGCGGAAGUUCCCAUCCCUUCGGCGAAGAAGAAUGAGCUUCUGUUGAAGCUGGAAGCAGCAAGCAUCAAUCCGGUUGACUGGAAGAUGCAGAAAGGAAUGUUACGGCCUCUGCUGCCUCAUAGGCUGCCAUAUAUCCCAGUGACUGAUGUGGCAGGGGUAGUUGCAGCUGUUGGUUCUGGAGUCAAUGGAUUCAAGGCUGGAGAUGAAGCCGUUGCCAUGUUGAACCCAUUCUCUGGAGGCGGACUCGCAGAGUACGCCGUGGCACCUGUAAAACUGACCGUCAAGAGGCCUCCCGGGGUAUCUGCUGCCGAAGGCGCGGGGCUGCCCAUCGCGGCCGGCACCGCGCUCCGGGCGCUGAGAGCCAUCGGCGCCAAGUUCGACGGCACAGGCAUGCCCUCGAACGUGCUGAUCACCGCCGCGUCCGGCGGCGUCGGCCUCUACGCGGUGCAGCUCGUGAAGCUGGCGGGCCUCCACGUCACGGCCACCUGCGGUGCACGCAACGUGGAGCUGGUGCGGAGCCUGGGCGCCGACGAGGUCCUCGACUACAAGACGCCGGAGGGCGCCAGCAUGCGGAACCCCUCGGGGAGGACGUACGACGGCGUGGCCCACUGCACGGUGGGGGUCGGCUGGUCGGCGUUCAAGCCGCUGCUGAGCGGCGCCGGGAAGGUGGUCGACAUCACCGCGAAUGUGCCCGCCUUCCUCACGGCCGUCCUCCACAGGGUGACGUUCGCCAGGAAGCGGCUGGUGCCGCUGCUCCUGUGGCCCAACAAGGCGGACCUGGAGUUCCUGGUCGGGCUUGUGGAGGACGGCAAGCUGAAGACGGUGGUCGACUCGAGGUUCCCACUGAACGACGCGAGCAUGGCGUGGGAGAAGAGCGUCGAUGGCCAUGCCACCGGCAAGAUCAUCGUCCAGAUGGAAGGCUGAUCGAUUAUGCCAACAUUACCAACAGAGACUUGCUCACUUGCACAGAGAAAUGUAGUAAAAUUGGACAACCCAGUGAAUAGAUACCAGUGUGUGAAACUUGAUCAGACAGAAUGAUCAUGUGUGAGUUUGUAUAUUGGUUGAUGUUCUUUCUUCUUUUUUAUGAAGUAUA